UUGACUCAUGUAGCUUAAAGUUAAAUUCACCCCACCCAGCUCAACAAAAUACUCAAGUACACCCUAAACCCUAAACCCUUCUACGGUAUAAAAUACCCGACUAUACCCUAAACCCUUCUACGGUAUACCCGGCACCCACAAAAAAUUAGUUGAAUCACCCACAAUAUGCAGCCAUACGUAAUUCCAGAUGGGAAGAUUUAGAUCGUCACUGUGUUCGCGUUUAUGAGAAGUAGUAGGAAGAAAAGGAUACCCGCCCUAAUCGUCACUGUGUACUGCUCUUGAGAGAAGUAGUUGGAAGAAAAGGAAGUCGCUCAGUGAUCAUUGCCGACAUCCUCUCACGAUGUCGGACCGUCUCCCACACGAGAUUAUCACCGACAUACUCUCACGAAUGCCGGGGAAGUCGCUCAUGAGACUCAGGUGCGUUUCAAAGGCAUGGUGCUCUCUAAUCUCCACCCCCAACUUCAUCUCCACCCACCUCAGUCGCUCUCUUUCCAACUCCCAACACCAGCCCUGCCUUUACGCCAACUAUGGCCACAUAGGCACCCUCCUGAUGUACCCAUCAAAUCAAGAAAUAGAAGAACAGAAGGAGGAUUUCCUUGCAAACCCAUCAGAACGCAGAGAAUUGUAUGAUCCUUCUAACAAUGAAUUUGAGUUGGUCUUAGUUGGUUCAUCUAACGGCCUACUUGGUCUUGCCUAUAAACGUUCAAAAUUAUGUGUUCUCUGGAACUCAUCCAUUCAAAUAGCCAUAACCCUUCCCAAGCCUAAUAUUGGAUUUGACGGUUCGAUUCCGUUAGACCACUCUGUUGGGUUUGGGUAUGAUCCCACGACCGAUGAUUACAAAUUUGUGAGGCUCGUGUAUUCUAGUUACAGAACUCUUCGACCUCUCGUUGAGAUUUAUACGCUUCGAACCGGCAUAUGGCGCUCUGUUACGGCCCCGGUUCCUCCUUGCAUCAUAACUGAGGAUUUGUCCCCAUCGGUUUUCGUGAAUGGGUCACUCCACUGGUCCGCCCUGAGAGCCUUUAGCUUUGUGAUCAUGUCGUUUAAUAUGAAGGAUGAAGCCUUCGGUGAAGUGGGAAUGCCUAAGGGCUUCCAAGGGCCGGGUGACUUGAAAGUUACUGUGGCGCUAUGUGAUGGGAUGCUUGCGCUUGUCAUUCGUGACGGCUAUGAUGGUAAGAAGACAUCUACAACGGUGUGGGUGAUGAAAGAGUAUGGAGUAGCGGAAUCUUGGACUAAGCUGUUUGAUCUUCCCGUUGGGCUAUAUAGCCCACAUAGCAAGGUGAUAGGCUUUACUAAGAGUGGUGAACUUCUAAUGGAGAAGGGUACCAGGUAGCUUUCUUUUGGACCUAGGAGCGGACGACAAUAUUUGGAGGAUCCUCCCGUUGACGUUCGUGGCGAGAUGAUUUAUUUCGAUUCCUAUGUGGAGAGCCUUGUUCUACUGGACUUAGCUGACCGAGAACUGGGGAGAUAGGGGAAUUCGUCUGGUGGUAGUAAGCUCAGAAAGGAAAGCAGGUAUCCAGGGUGUUAGGUGCUUUUGCUGCGGAUUGUGAAUAGCUCCUGCUUUUCUGGCAUAAGAAAUUAGGUUUUCUUAGCUUUAUUUCCUUUUUUUUUUUUUAUGAACCAACUUUAUAUCCUCUUAAAUCUAUUUUACAUUCAGAAACUUGUUAUCUUUUGACAUUGAUCUUCAGCUUUUUAUCAUUGAAUAUAUGCAAUGCGUAGAAUUUGCAAGUCAAUUUAGAAAAUUUCA